AUGGAGGAGAAGCUAAUUGAAGCCGUACGUGUUCGCAAAGUACUGUAUGAUACAAGCCAUGAAGAUUAUUUGAAAACGAAGCUGAAAGCUGAGAAGUGGGAGGAAGUGGCCAAGGAAACGGACAUACGAAGUGGUGUUGAAGCGAAGGCGUUGUGGGAGAAAUUGAGACAUUCGCUGAGAGAUGCUCUCAGAAGACAGCAAAAAUCCAUGAAAAGUGGGGCACCGGCUGAAUCGGUUAAAGAAUGGAAAUUUCAAAAGCAGAUGGGUUUUCUACAACCAUAUAUGGCCAAUAAAGCACGAGAGGGGAACCUUAUCGAAUGCAAUGACGAUAGUGAAACAACACCACAAACUUUUGCCACUGAUAGUCCAACUGAUGUAGUCGACGAGGGUGAGGAAUCACUGAACAUGCAGCAGGGAAUCACAAGUGCUCGGGACGAUCUUCAGUCACGGGCACUUCCUGAAAUUUCACCCCCGCCAGAAGAACCGACAUCAGCAAAAAAAAUUAAGAAAGACACUAUUGCUGGAUUACUCAAACGAAGCAUUGAACAACAUGAAGAACGAAGAAAAUCGAGAUCAGAGGAAAGAAGAAAUCUGUUGGCACAAACGAGUGCUCCAAGUGAUCCUCUGUACCACUUCUUCAUGUCAAUGUACCAGAUGACCAGACGCAUGCCACCGUCAUCUCAAAAUGGUGAUGCGGACAUGCGUAGUAUUGGCCAAUUGCCUCGUGAGAUAACACCUGUGAAGAAACUUACAGUAACUUUUAAUCCUCGAAAUUCUAAAGGUAGCAAGGACAAAAUGUCGCCGGACACAGAUGAUUGA